AUGCCACUCCAACUAUUUAUAGGUAAAUGCUACAGCUGCGCAUCUACUAACAUGAGAUCGAACUUUAUAACAAAGGAAAGAGGACCACCGAAUCGAAAAGCAGAACCUUUAACGUUUGAUAACAACUGUAACGAAGAUCCUUGGAUUAUCAAGCAACGAUCUACGGUAGUAUGCGAUACAAAAUGUUUCAAAUGGCAGCAACUGCUCAAUAAUUCAGGAUCAUAUUCAUCGAUGACUUUUCGAGGGUGCUAUGAUAGAAUGUUCGAUAUGAUGAAUCCAUCGACAUUAGCGAUUCCCGAUCACAACUUUUGCACGGCUGGAGAGGCCCAGCUCUCUUGCCUAUCUGAUGCUUCUGUCAUCGAACAUUCUUGUUGGUGUGAUGGAGACUACUGUAAUUCGGUUUCAACACCAUCCUGGACAAUCUAUGACCCAGAAUUCUUGAAAACAGAUAGGCUAGCAGAAAGCGAAGGCUGGGUUGUAACGUUUUGUGCCCGCUCGGAAGCCAAACCUGGCCCACAAAAUUCCAACCGAACGUUCGGUGAUCCAAAAGCAGACCAGAAAUCGGUGAACUCAGACUCUCUUAAAGGGCUACAACGGCUUUGGCUUGCAUCCUUGAGGAGACGUUUGAUUGAAGAUUUUCCGUUUACCUGA